AUGGGAGCACCUGGUCAUACCUUGGAGAAUUGUUUUGCAUUUCAGAAUCGGGUACAAGACUUGAUCAAAGCGAAAGUCGUUUCAUUCACUCCGAGACGCCCGGACGUGAACACCAACCCUAUGCCAACGCAUAAGGAUGCUUCCGUCAGUGCCAUUGAAGAGAGUGAUCAAGGCAAAUUGAUCCGUAAGGUUGAAGAGAUUCAAACCCCUAUCACCAUGAUAGGAACACAAUUGCUGAAAAGUGGUAUGAUCCCGGAGGAGCUGAUUGAGGAAGAGAACAAUGAAGAGUUGAGGAGUUUUAUACAACAAAUGCUGGAUCGAGGCGAGUUACAGAUAAAUUACCGUGUCAAGAGCAAGCGCCAGGAAGAGAUAGCCUUGGUAGAUAUCCCCUAUGAUGAGGUUAAAGUAGAAAUACCUAUAAGCCCGUUGGUGAUAGAGUUCCCAGCACCGUUCGAAUAUAAAGAUGAAAAGGCAUUCCCAUGGAUAUAUCGGCCCAGAGCUUUUAAGCAGGGGGAGGAAGAUCAACCUUUAAUGAUCAACGAACCAAAUGUCACUUCAAUUAUGGGGCCAGCAGGAAUGACGCGUAGUGGUCGAGUGUUCACACCAAGAAAUGUUGAUACUUCUAAAAGAGCUAAAGGGAAGGAGGUUGUUGUCCAGAUCCCCAUCCCUAAACAAGGAAUGCAAGACAUGCACCUGUCUCCUAAAGUUGUUGUCACUCAAACACUGAAUCAGCCAUUGCAUGGAAAUGGUCAAGGUGCAACACUACACUACACUUCACAGAACUUAUUAUAUGUAUAUAUAUUCUCUUAUUCCUAUCUAUUUCCCCAACCCUACAUUCUUCUCAAGCUAAGCUCUAAUAGUAAACUAACAAUGAAUCCUUCAUUUCUUUUGAAAUUUUUCUUCUUGCCACAUAUUGUUUUUUUCUUUGGCUUUCUUGGUGCAAGUGAGCCUCAACUAACACUUGAUUACUAUGCAUCAACUUGUCCUACUGUGUUUGAUAUUGUUAGGAAGGAAAUGGAAUGUUCAGUUCUUUCUAAUCCACAUAACGCGGCUUCCAUUCUCCGGCUUCACUUCCAUGACUGCUUUAUUCAGGGAUGCGAUGGAUCGAUCUUGCUCGAUGAUACAAUCACGCUGAAAGCUGAAAAGAAAGCCACUGCCAACAUCCACUCUUUAAAAGGCUUUGGAAUUAUUGAUCAAAUCAAGAACUUUGUUGAAUCUGAGUGCCCUGGAAUUGUUUCUUGUGCUGAUAUUCUCACAAUUGCAGCUAGAGAUGCUGUGAUUCUGGUUGGUGGACCAUACUGGGAUGUUCCUGUGGGAAGGAAGGAUUCUGUGACUGCAAGUUUUGAACUCACUAACACCAAUCUUCCAACUUCUGAUGAGAGCCUUGUCUCUAUCAUUCCCAAGUUUCUUUAUCAAGGCCUAUCAGUUACAGAUAUGGUUACCCUUGUAGGAUCACACACCAUUGGCAUGGCAAGGUGUCAGAAUUUUCGAUCAAGAAUAUACGGAGACUACGAAUCAACUUCAGCGAAAAAUCCAAUCUCAGAUAAUCAGUUCAGCAACCUUAAAACUAUUUGUCCACCAAUUGGAGGAGGAGAUAGUAACAUAACAGCAAUGGACUACGUUACGCCUAAUCUCUUCGACAAUUCUUUUUACCAGUUACUGUUAAAAGGCGAGGGAGUUCUUAACUCUGAUCAAGAAAUGUACUCGAGUGUGUUUGGAAUCGAAACAAGAGAGCUUGUCAAGAAGUAUGCAGCAGACCCUUUGGCUUUCUUCCAGCAAUUCUCUGAUUCAAUGGUCAAAAUGGGAAAUAUCACUAAUUCAGAUAGCUUCAUAAAUGGAGAAGUUAGGAAAAACUGCAGAUAUGUGAACACAUAAAACAUUCAUUUUGUGUUUUGUGUAUCUUUUGUUUGUUUCCACACACAUUAAUUUUAUGUAUUUCAGCCAUAGUAAGUUGAUACAAUGAUAAAAUAUAUAUGCAGAUUUGUUAAGUAUAAAUAUACUUGUGAGCUUCUUCCGUA